AUGGUUGCCCGGCCGUCUUGCCCUCGUGUAGAUAGUACCGGUGCAAUUUCCAGCACCACAGCGCCGGUACCCGACUUCCUUCAACUUGAGCUAACCAAUGCGCUAAACUUGGUACAGACGGUUCACACCAGCCUGGCUGGACUAUCGCGGUCCUACCUAAGAGGCCUGCAACCGAUGACACUUUCCCUCUACCGAUUGGCCGGCCAACUUGUGGUCGGUGACACACCAGAGGAGUGGCUGGCCUCUUGGCCCGAAGGACCCGAGCAGCCCGUCCAUUUCCUGAGGGAGCUGGUGGCAAAGACCAAGGCAGUUCAGGUUGUUGUGGGCAUAACUACGAAUAGCCAUACAUUCACAUACCACCCUGGUUAUACGUCUAUUCAUAUAAGCAUACAAGCAUAUAAGCAUAUAUAUGACGACGCAACCGCUACAUUUAACUAUCAGUCGUUUACUCACCUUAAGGUUGACUAA